AUGCCGCCCAAGAGAACUCCAGUGAAAAAUGCUGAUGUUGAUAGUGAUGAAGAUGUCAGUGCGCUCAUUCACUUCCGCGAAAUGGCGCAAGCAAAAGUGCUCCGGAUUGAAUCCAUACUGCAGAAUGCCAGAGUGGAGCAAACCGAGCUCACUCUUCCACAAAUAAAAACAUUUGUGAAGAAGUUAGAAGCAGCCUACGCCGAGUUCACUAGCAAUCAUCAGCGAAUCAUUGAAAGUAUUCCUGCAGCCAAAAGAAAGGAACACAGUCAGUGCUAUCUGCAAUUUGAGGAUCUUCACGACAGUGUAUCCAUUUUGCUCGAAACAUGGCUCGAGGAAAUUUCCAAGACACCAGUAGUUCCGCCACCCUCACAGUCCAUCGUCAAUCAGCAGCUGGUGAUUGUCCCACAGCCACUCCCACGUGCUAUACCUACAUUCGAUGGAAAAUAUGAGCACUGGGAGAGAUUCAAGAUGAUGUUCCGGGAUGUGGUGGACCAAUCCAACGAAUCCAACCGCAUCAAACUGUAUCAUCUUGAAAAAGCACUCAUCGGAGAUGCUGCAGAUAAAAGAAGCAUAGUUCAUCUACACAUUGGAGGUCUCAUUAACACGAAGAAGUUGUCCAAGGGGAGCUACGAUGAAUUACGAACGCUCGUCGAGUCUUUUGUCAGCCAUGUGGAGAACCUCAAAGUUCUUGGCCAGGAUUUCACUGGAGUUUCAGAGCAGAUGCUGAUUUAUAUACUGGCUAGAGCGCUGGAUGACGAAACCAAGAUACACUGGGAGUCAACAAUCAAGCGUGGGGAACUGCCUACCUAUGACGAAACCAUUGCAUUCCUGAAGCACCGUGUUUCCAUUCUAGAGCGAUGCCAAAGCAGACCACCACGCAACGAAACUCCGAUAAAGCAACAACGCGGCAAUCCUCUUCCAGCAACCAUCAGGACAUCGUUUCAUAGAGCCAAUGCAGUUACAGCACCACCACAGACGCCUCAGUGUGACUUCAGCAACAAGAAUCAUCUUACCUUCAAGUGUCCGACAUUCAGAAACUUGUCAAUCUCCCAGCGAUUCACACUGGUGAAAGACAAAAACAUUUGUUUCAAUUGCCUCCGAGUUGGACAUCGAUCGACAGAAUGCAACUGCGAAAAAACGUGUUUGAAAUGCAAAAUGAAACAUCAUACCAUGCUGCACGAUGAAACUUUGAAACAGAAUCUAACAGAGCAGGAAAAUUGUGUGAGUCGUCCAAACAACACGUCGAUGGUGCCCAGACCAAUCAACGAGUCUUCUUCGACCAGCAGCGAACAAUCCCGUAAUAAGCUUGCGUGUAACCAUUCCCAGGCAAUUAAAACUGUCAUGCUUCUUACGGCUGUCGUCAAUGUGCGAGAUCGCAAUGGAAGUGUUCUUCCUUGUCGAACCUUGCUGGAUAACGGUUCCCAGGUAAAUUUGAUAUCAGAAUCAAUGGUGAACCGUUUGGGUCUGGAACGAAAGCCAGUAUGUAUUCCUAUUACUGGUAUAGGGUCAUCCAAAACAUAUGCCAGAGACAUCAUCCUCGCGGAAGUGCGAUCCAGAAUCAACAAUUUCACCAUGGAGAUAGAAUGCUUGGUCGUUCCCAAAGUAACUGGAAUUAUUCCCACAACAAAAAUCGAUACAUCAUCUUGGCCGAUACCAGCAGAUUUUCAAAUGGCAGAUCCGCAAUUCAACAUACCAAACCACAUUGAUAUGCUAAUUGGUGUAUCCAAAUUCUUUCGUUUACUAAAAUCGGGAUUCUUUCAAAUAGCCGACGACUUGCCGGACCUUCAAGAGACUCACUUUGGGUGGGUAGUCGCUGGUGAUGUAAGAGAUUCCUUUUCUGGUCAGCAGUUUGCGCAUUCUGUAACGAUUGAUCAAAUCCUUGAAACAAUCCAACGAUUCUGGGCGCUGGAGGAAGUCCAACCAGAAUCAUCCCUCGAUAGCGAACAGGAAGAGUGUGAAGCAUUAUUCCGGUCCACUCAUCAAAGAGACAAUUCGGGGAAGUACAUCGUAGAACUUCCGUUUCGUGAGUCAGUAACCGAGAUUGGCGAUAAUCGUUCGCUAGCUCUACGACGAUUUUUAUCUCUGGAAAGGCGUCUAAAAAAAGAUCCAGAAUUGAAGUCGGAGUACACAAAGUUCAUCGAAGAAUAUGAAGCAAUGGGGCAUUGCAAGGAAAUCAACGAGCGCAAUGAUUUACCUGACCAACGUGUUUACUACAUACCGCAUCACGCUAUCCUACGUCCAUCGAGCACCAGUACCAAACUAAGGGUGGUAUUCGAUGCAUCGGCGAAAUCGCACCCAUCACAAAUUUCGCUAAAUGAAGCAUUGAAAGUUGGACCUACUGUGCAAAGUGACCUCUUCGAGAUUCACAUCCGAUUUCGCCAGCACAGGGUGGUUUUCACGGCCGAUGUAACAAAAAUGUACCGGCAAAUCUGGAUUGCGCCGUUCCAGACGUGCUUUCUUCGAAUUUUUUGGAGAACCAACUCAGCUGACCCUCUGCGCGUACUUGAAUUGACAACCGUCACGUAUGGUACUGCCUCCGCUCCAUUUCUAGCUACACGAUGCUUGGUUCAGCUUUGUGAAGAUGAAGGUGCAAAGUUUCCAAUGGCAGCUCAAAUUAUUCUAGAAGAUUGUUACGUUGACGACAUCCUAUCUGGAACCGACAGUUCAGAAAAGGCUAUUGAUUGCAUCAACCAAAUACAAGGCUUACUACGAUGUGGAGGAUUUCCUGUUCAUAAGUGGUGUUGCAACGAUCCGACUGUAUUACAACACAUUCCUGAUUGCGAUCGUGAGGAACUAGUAUAUCUCGAUCCAUCAUCCGAUGAUGGAGUGAUUAAAGCGCUGGGAAUAAUUUGGAGUCCUGAAGAAGAUGAAUUCCGAUUUCAAGCCAUUCAAUAUACUGAACAAAACAUCACAAAGCGUCGUGUGCUGUCCGAAAUAGGAAAACUGUUCGAUCCACUAGGACUCCUAUCAUCGGUAAUAGUGAUUGCAAAACUGUUAAUGCAGCAGCUGUGGGCCGCUGGUGUUUCUUGGGAUGAUAACCUCAAUGGAGAUUUGCUUUCUUCCUGGCUACAAUUUCAGCGAUCUCUGCCGGAAGUAAGAAAUAUUGCAAUACCACGUAACGUUUUUUUCUCAGAAUCCAUUGCUCUCGAAGUCCAUGGAUUUUGUGACGCUUCGACUGUGGCUUAUGGUGCUGCUGUAUACGUUCGAAAUAUUCUUUCGAAUAAUACUGCUAUUCUCAGGCUUUGGUGCAGUAAAUCCAAAGUUGCUCCAAUGAAAGAAUUGAGUAUUCCACGCAAGGAAUUGCUCGCCGCCAGAUUGCUUUCCAAGCUCAUCGUCAAAGUUCUUCAAGCAUCCAAACGUCAAUUUCGAGAAGUAGUCCUUUGGUCAGACAAUCAAAUUGUGUUAGCCUGGCUCAAAAAACCGUUGGCCAUGCUUCAAGUUUUUGUUCGCAAUCGCGUAGCUGAAAUUCUGCAAGAGACGGGAAGAUUUCAAUGGAAGUAUGUGCCAUCAAAGGACAACCCCGCAGAUAUUAUAUCACGUGGACAGUUUCCAGCAGCAUUGAAAAUCAACGAUUUGUGGUGGACUGCUCCAGCAUUUUUGCGAGUAGUGGACUAUCAAAUUGAAACACCUGAUGAGUUACCAGAUAGUCACAUUCCUGAGUUAAAGCAGAGUAAAAUACCACGAGCAUACCACAUUGAAAAUCUUCAUGUUGGGCCAUCUAUGCUACUAGCGACCUUGCGGACAAAAUUUUGGUUACUUGAUGGCCGGUCUUCCAUCCGCAAGAUAACAAGAACUUGUGUCACCUGUUUCCGUGCCAGACCAAAGCAAUCAAGUCAGCAAAUGGGUCAACUACCCGCCUGUCGAGUUGUACCAUCACACCCAUUCGAGGUUACCGGCGUCGACUAUGCGGGACCAAUUCUGGUGAAAUACGGCACCCGAAAACCGCAAAUUAAAAAAGCUUAUUUUGCAGUCUUUGUUUGCAUGACAACGAAAGCCAUCCACCUAGAGCUAGUGUCGGAUAUGACAACUGCAGCAUUUUUAGCAGCUCUUCAUCGUUUCGUCAGUCGGAGAGGAUUACCACGAGAGAUCCAUUCCGAUAAUGGAUCCAACUUCAAAGGAGCAAGGUCUGAACUUCAUGAGCUGUUUCUACUGUUUAAUGACCGAACCACCGUCAGUCAGAUCGCCGAGUAUUGUCAACCGAGAGAGAUAUCUUGGAAUUUCAUUCCUCCUGAAGCUCCCAACUUUGGUGGCCUUUGGGAGGCAGCAGUCAAGAGUACCAAGUAUUAUCUAAAGCGUACCUUGAAAAACGCUUUGCUUACCUUUGAGGAGUACGCAACAGUCUUAAGCCAAGUGGAAGCUGUAUUGAACUCUAGACCGUUAUUUACACAGUCAACAAACCCAAAUGAUCCAGAGGUUCUAACACCGGGUCAUUUUUUGAUUGGUCGACCACUGGUUGCAGUCCCACAGCAGUCUUCCGAGGGAGUAGCUAUCAAUAGACUAUCACGAUGGCAAUAUUUGCAACGAUUACGAGAUGAUUUCUGGAAGGUAUGGAAGCGAGACUACCUUUUAGGCCUUCAACCAAGAGGAAAGAACCGUAAUUCUUCUCCGAACAUUCAACCUGUAAUGGUGGUAAUUUUAGAAGACAAAGAUUCUCCACCUCAAUCCUGGAAACUUGGACGCGUAAUGCGAACUUAUCCUGGACCGGACGGGUUAGUGAGAACUGAGGACAUUAAGUUAGGAGAUUCGAUUUUGAGACGUCCCACAUCGAAGCUAUCCAUUCUCCCGAUUGAGGACAACCGAUUUGCUUAUCCUGAACAUCAAAAUAAUUCUGGGAGUUCAUCCCAGCCCGGGGGAAUAUGUUAG